AUGGAGGUUUCCCAGGAGCAAGAGUCGUCGAGCAGGGCUCUGGAGCAGCUGCACCAGGAAUCCUCUGGCCAAGGGCACGCCCUGGCCCAGGUGUGCAGAGAGAAGGAGCUGCUGGGCCAGGAGAAGGCUGCCCUUGAGGGCCGACUGGCAGCCAUGGAGCGUCACAAACAAGACCUUUCCAAGCAGCUGGCAGAGACCAGGUCAGCGAAGGAGAGCCUGGAAUCCAGCCUGUUUGCUGCUCAGCAGCAGAUAUCUCAGCUGGAGAUCACCAGCAACCAUCUGGAGGCUCAAGUGCUCACAGUCACACAGGCCAAGGAGGCGCUCCAAGGAGAAGUGCAGUGCCUCCAACGUGAGCUGGAAGCAGAGAGAGCUCUCAGGAAGCAGGAGCAGGAAGACACAGCGCAACAGCUCUUGCAGGCAGAGCAGCAGCGUCAGGAAAGCCUCAGGCUUCAGGGAACUGCUCAGCAGGUGGAAAUAAACAAGCUCCUGCAAGACCUGGCAAGUGAGCGGGAAAGGCACCAUGCAGAGAUGCAGGAGACGCUGCAGCAAUGGGGAAAAGAGAAGGCAGAGAGAGAGCAGGAGCACGAGAAGGUGCUGUUUGAGAUGAGGCAGAAAGUUGCCACCCUGCAGGCUCAAAGAGAAGAGGAACGAACUAGAUUUGAAAAUGCCAAGCGAGAGGUCCUGCUGGAAAAGCAGAAGGAGAAGAAUUCUUUAUCAGAGACACUGCUCCAAACUCGGGGACAGCUAAGCCGAGCCUGCCAGCAGGUGCAGCAGCUCAGGCAGGAGGUGAAAAAGCAGCAAGAGAAGGGGCAGACCAUCGAGGCAAAGCUGCAAGCUGAGCUGCAGGAAGCUCGGAGGGAAAUCCAGGCAGCGCAGAAGAGGCACGAGGAAGAACUACGAGGCAUCAAAGAGGAAAUGAAUCUCCUCCUUGUGGAGAGGGAGGCUCUACAAAAGCAGGUGGGAGAGUUGACAUCUCAGCUGGCAGCCUCCAGAGAGUCCCAGGCAACGAUUGUUCAGAGAGCCCAGCAAGAUGUGAGCUGGGCCCAGGAGCAGUCAAGGCAGAAGCUGUUGGAGGUUGAGCACCUCCAGAAGAUGCUGGAGGAGGCAGAACAUCAGAACAAGGAGCUGCAAGUGCACCUGAAGAACUUGGAGCUGGAAGGGAGUCAAUGGGAAGAAGUGGCACGCCAAAAUUCAGGAUUUCGGGCUUCCUUGGACGCCCUAGAGAAGGAAAAAGCCAGGCUGGUUCUGUCUCUGGAGGAAAAGAACCUGUGCCUCAGAACACUGGAAGAAAAGAACCAGGCACUGAACAAUCAGGUGUCUCAGUUUCGUUCUGCUCUUCACGAGGCCGAGCAGCUCUGUUCAAACCGCACAGGACAACUGCUGGCGCUCAACAUCCAGAUGUGGACCCUGCAGGAUGCCAUGCUGGAGAUGGAGGCUACCCAGGCAACUCGAGAGAAGCAGCUGCUGCAGGAGCUGGAGGAGUCCCGAGCAGGAGAACGGAGCUUGAGGGACUCUGUGCAGGUGCUGGAGGCUGAGGUGUCUGAGCUGCGUAGGAAGCUCCAGAGCUCUGAUGACAAAGCACUUUCAUUGGCCAUAAAGUUUAACACCUCAGAGCUGGAGCUGAGGAAGACACAGGCUCAGUGGGACAAUCUCAGAGCCUGCAACCAGGAGCUGCAGCAGGAGUUGGAGGAAAGUGAGCAAGCGAUGUGGAGGGCAGAACACCAGAAGACCUGUCAAGAAACUGCCCUGGAGAAAGAGGCCAUUGCCCUGAAGGAAGAGGCUGUGACUCUUCAUCAGGAGGUGGCAUCUCUGCAGAGGAAACUGGAGAGCCUGGAGAAGGAAAGGAAGGAUGUGCUGCGUGAACGGGAACUGUAUGAGGAGCAGAUGAGAGAUCUGAAAAAGAAGAAUGAAAUGAAAACACCGGAGAUGCGAAGCCAUAAGGAAAACCCCCAACAAUUGGAAGUGGCCAAGGAAGCCAAGCCGGAAGAGUUGGAGAAUAUGGCUGCUGCUUUGAAGGAAUGGCAAGAGACCGCUCAAUUCCUGAGUGCUGCACUCAGCAAGAGUGAAAUUUCCAAAGGGGCUCUGAAGAAACACUUGGACAUCCUGAAGGAAAGGAUUCGUCUCCAGGUAGGCACUGGCAUUGAUCUUCAGUCCACGUCAACGUCUCUCAGUGAUUCCAAUGAAGUUUCCCAUGAAGAGGUGGGAUUCUAG